AUUCUGGCUCGAACCAGGUCCGAAUUCGAUUUGGGGGUCAAGGCUCAAGAGCCUCGAGGCGCCCCCGGGCCAUGGCUGCGGCGGCGAACAAGGGAGGAGAAUGUGUGAAGGUGGUCGUCCGAUGCCGUCCCAUGAACAGCACGGAGGUGAAGGACUCCCGGGAGAACAUCGUCGAGAUGGACCUCAAGGAGGCGGUCGCGCGGGUGAGGCGCCCCGGCACCACGGAUUUCAAGGAUUUUACCUUCGACCAGGUGUACGGUCCUAACACGCAGCAGGCUGACUUCUACGAGCAGACUGGCUAUGCGAUAGUCGAGAACGUGAUGGAUGGUUACAAUGGCACAAUAUUUGCGUAUGGUCAGACAGGAACUGGAAAAACACACACAAUGGUUGGGCCCGAUGGCAACGAGGAGCAAUACGGCGUCAUUCCACGAACUUUCCAUCACAUCUUCCGGAAUAUCAACAGCACGCCGAACAAGAAAUUCUUGGUACGUGCCUCGUAUUUGGAGAUCUACAACGAGGAGAUUCGCGACCUCCUCUCCAAAACCCCCAAGGCCAAGCUCGAGCUGAAGGACCACCCGGACGGCGGCGUCAUGGUCAAGGACCUCUCCAAUCUGGUGGUCAAGGACGCCAACGGGCUCCGACAGGUGAUGGAUACGGGCAUCAAGAAUCGCAGCGUCGCCAGCACGCUCAUGAACAGCGAGUCGAGCAGAUCCCACUCGAUAUUCACCAUCACAAUCGAGACGGCGGAGAAGUUUGAGAACGACGAUAAGGACCACAUCCGGGUGGGUAAGAUGAACAUGGUCGACCUCGCAGGCUCCGAGCGCCAGAGCAAGACGGGAGCCACGGGGGAGACGCUGAAGGAGGCGACGAAGAUCAACAUGUCGCUGAGUGCCCUAGGAAACGUGAUCUCCGCCCUGGUGGACUCGAAGACCAACUUCAUUCCGUACCGCGACUCUAAGCUCACGCGGCUGCUGCAAGACUCCCUCGGCGGCAACACCAAGACGGUCAUGUGCGCCUGCGUCGGGCCCGUGGACUACAACUACGACGAGACCCUGAGCACGCUGAGGUACGCGUACCGCGCCAAGAACAUCAAGAACAAGCCGCGGAUCAACGAGGACCCGAAGGACGCGAUGAUACGGGAGUUCCAGGACGAGAUCACGCGGCUCAAGAUGAAGCUCGCCGAGCGCGGCGGCGGCGGGGGCGGGGGUGGGGCAGGCGGCGGCGCCGGGGGCGACCAAGAGG